AUGGCUAGCCGCCAGAGUACUCCAGAUUGGUUGCAGCGAAUACUGGACGACAGCUCAGCUCCUCCAAAGCUGUACUCUUGGACUUCUGCAAACCUGAGCAAGGAACGUGCCAAUCAAGCAGUCCCCAAGACUCAAGAGAACAGCCCAAAAAAGCCGUCCAGGGAUAGAAUUCAUGUUCUAGGUAUAGGCAAUAUGGGGCGCUUGUUCGCCAGCAGCCUAGCUAAGCUGCCGUCCAGGCCACCCAUCACGUUGGUCUUGCAUCGAAAGGCACUCCUGGAGCAGUGGGUUUCUUCUCCAGGCAUUGAGAUCACCCGCUCUGGUGAAGUCCAAAAAUCUACGGACUUUGAUGUGGAGUGGUGGACUGAUGAGAAACCUCAUAGUGGACCGGUGAUCGAAGCUACGAGCGGCACUGGUAUCACCAAUCUCAUUGUGGCUACCAAGGCAUCUGACGCUUUGCCCCUGGUGGAUAGAUUGCGGAGAUACUUGGACGACAGCUCAACAGUAGCUUUUACACAAAACGGAAUGUGCAAGAUGUGGCCGCCGGUCGGAGAUAUCUAUACUGGCCAUCGCUUUUCGAAAGACAAAGGGCCCAACUGGAUCGCAUGCAUCACCACACACGGAGUUGUAUCUCUGGCCCCGUUUAGAAGCAGACAUGCUUCAGUGGCUGACGUGUUAGUCGGACCAGUGUCCCUGAAUGCUCAGACUGGGAGCAGUUCAAAUUAUCUGACUGAUCAGAUCGUCAACGGUCCAGACCUAUAUGGCAGAAAGGUCUCCAAGUCAGAUCUGUGGGUAUCGCAACUGAAAAAACUUGUGGUGAAUUCUGUCAUCAAUCCAUUGACCGCGCUUCUGAGAUGUAGGAACGGAGAUCUGUUCUUGUCAACGGAUGACGAGGUAGCGCGGGUUAUUGAUAUGCUCAUUCUAGAAGCAAGUGAAGUCCUAAAAGCAUUGAUUGCGCAUUCAUCAAGUGCCGAGAUUCUGGAAAUUACCAAUGUCGAGCACAAGUACGAUCCAGACAGUCAGCAGACGAAUGCCACCAUGGAUAAACUUCAUGAUCAGUUCUCAUUUGAUAAUCUCCGCAAGAUGGUCUACGAUGUGGGUCACAAAGUCAGAGAAAAUACCAGUUCAAUGCUUCAAGACGUACGUGCAGGCAAGCCCACUGAGAUCAGGGACUUCAAUGGCUGGCUCGUGGAAACUGGGGAAUUGCUGAAUGAGGGCCUCGAUCUGCCGAGCCACAAAAGACUCAUCGGCAUGGUAGAAAACGGGCUUACACUAUCACGCGAAGAGCUAGGCGACCGUUUCGGGAUCACUGAUGGGCAGACGCCCUGA